UCCCCCUAACCUCCCCUUCCCCGUUUGGCUCCGCCUCAUUCUCUCCCCCCAGUUCUCCGCCUAUCCCCUCCACUCCCCGCCUUCCACCCUUUUCCUCUCUCUCGCUGCCGCCUGAACUGAAUCGAACUCCACAAGAGGGAGAAGCGGCUUGAAGGAGCACACAGCACGGGUAGGGUUGGAAGGAGAGCGGCUUCACUGUGCCCUGGUUUAUAAGUAACUACACAUUCGCAGGCACCCACUAAGGUUUGUUAUUCAAACGGGAAACCUAAGCAGCUUGAGGCAGAGCGGAGAGUCGAAGGAGGAAGCGGCCGUGACCCGAGUAACCAGACUAGCCAAGCGCUUUCUCCACUUCGCCGCAUCCCAGACCUUUUUUUUUAAGGAAAAGAGAUCGGCGACAAGUACGAGCGACAGGACUCGGAGGGAAGGCUUUCUCGUCUAUUUGUGUUCGUCUUUUAUUGUUCCCCCAUCUUCUCUGUCCUCGCAGCCUCUUUUCCAGAGACUUUGCCAUACACUGUGCAUAUACACUAUUUCCACGGCGGGAUCCUUCGCUGUGACAGGGAUUCCCACGGACAAUUCGCCCGAUCUACGGCCGAAGCCACAUUAAACCCGAUUCCGGCGCUCGCUUCUUUUCCCACCUCCUUUCUACAUGUUUUUUGGACACGCAGGGGGCGACAUAAGGAACAGUGCAGCUCCUGCAUUUGGCCUCUUAGAUUGGAAUAUGGUUGGAGAAACGGAAACAAAGGAGAAACCGAAGCCGACUCCAGACUAUCUAAUGCAACUAAUGAACGACAAGAAGCUGAUGAGCAGCCUGCCCAACUUCUGCGGGAUAUUUACCCACCUAGAGAGACUCUUGGAUGAAGAAAUCAGCAGAGUACGGAAAGAUAUGUACAACGAUACUUUGAAUGGCAGCAACAAUGAAAAAAGAACCAAUGAACUUCCUGAUGGUAUUGGACCUAUUGUACAAUUGCAAGAAAAACUUUAUGUGCCUGUAAAAGAAUAUCCAGAUUUCAAUUUUGUUGGACGUAUUCUGGGACCCAGAGGACUUACAGCUAAACAACUAGAAGCAGAAACAGGGUGUAAAAUUAUGGUCCGAGGCAAGGGCUCCAUGAGGGACAAAAAGAAGGCUGUUACCAAUAUACUGGAAUGUGGUAUAUUGGCACUAAACAAGGAGGAACAAAACAGAGGCAAGCCUAACUGGGAGCACCUGAAUGAAGAUCUGCAUGUAUUGAUAACAGUUGAAGAUGCACAAAACAGAGCAGAAAUAAAGUUAAAAAGAGCAGUGGAAGAGGUCAAGAAACUGUUGGUCCCAGCAGCAGAAGGUGAAGACAGCCUAAAGAAAAUGCAGUUGAUGGAACUGGCUAUCCUUAACGGAACCUACAGGGAUGCCAACUUAAAAUCACCCCUUGCCUUUUCUCUUGCAGCAACAGCUCAGGCUCCUCGGAUUAUAACUGGGCCUGCGCCUGUUCUGCCCCCAGCUGCUCUGCGUACACCUACGCCAGCUGGACCUACCUUAAUGCCUUUGAUCAGACAAAUACAGACCGCCACUGUCAUGCCAAAUGGGACCCCUCAUCCGACUGCUACACUUAUGUCCCAAGCACCUGAAGCUGGUUUGAUCUACACACCUUAUGAGUACCCUUAUACACUGGCCCCAGCUACUUCAAUCCUUGAGUAUCCCAUUGAAACAAGUGGUGUAUUAGGUGCGGUGGCUACUAAAGUAAGAAGGCAUGAUAUGCGGGUCCAUCCUUACCAAAGGAUUGUGACCGCAGACAGAGCCGCCACCGGCAACUAACCUAUGACCUUCUGACCUCUGAAUUCUUCACCCAAUGAUGACCUGACCAUGCCUGCCUGCUGAUCAGUUAACUGGUAAUCGCCUCUGCUUGUCUGUCUUCAGUGCAGCGAGCUGAGACACUUUUCCGUUCGUCUUACCAUCUAACAAAAAAAGACACAAGUUUUUUUCUUCCAACUCAGAUAUUUCUCCCCUCCCCCAAAGCCCCCUGUUUGGGUGAAAGUGAUUCUAGUACCUGCACUGAAUAGUAGUAAAGCAAUAAGGUCCAAUUCAGCCCUGCGCACUGAUCAUCUUGUGUCCUAACCAAACGAAUGGUAUAAAGGCCUCCCCUACAGUACUGGCAAGACAGCUGAUCCUCAACUACCGAUGACAGAGGCAGUUACUGUGAGAGACUUCUAGGAAACCUCUCCCCCCCCCCCCUCGUAUAGUAAAUUUAAAAGCUAUCUCUGAAUGUAACGUGUUGUGAUGAUGCAUUAUGCAUGAAUCUGUUUGGUCAGGGAUUUUACUGGUGAAGUCAUUAUGAAAAAAGAAAGAACAAACAAAAUUAUAUUGUGUUUAGUCACUACAGUGCCCUCUAAGGGCAAAAUAUUGCAAUUUUUAUUUUAUUGUGAACUUGCCUGCCAAAUGUUACUGAUAAGGGUGCCAUGAAAAUUUCUGACUGAUCUUUUUUAACCUAUUAUUUCAAGUCAGACUUCAGCUAUGAGAUCUCCUUUCAAUAGUUUCAGUUCAAAUUCUAAAAGCUUUUGACUCAAAGCCUCUUGUUUGAUUUGAAUAUGUUUAACAAGGUACAUGUAUUAUGUAUCAUAGUACUAGGCAAACUGUUCAAAUAUUUUAGACCUCCCUGUAUUAAGGAUGUAAAAGCCAUGCUUGCCUAUUUGCUGUAUAAUUGUAAUGAAAUUGUAGAUAUGUGUAGUGCAUUGAAACAAAAUGAUCUAAAACAUAAUUACUUUUACUAUACAAGGGUGCUGGUGCAGAAAAAGUAUAUAUAUUUUUGGAAUUGUAGCAUUUUAUACUCAAGUAUUAUUAUAAAAGAAAAAAAGAAGAAAAAAGAACAAAGAAAACCCCUUGAUUGCAUUGAAUUUUUUUUCUGGUGGUAGUCAAGAUACAAGACCAAAAGAGCCUUUUUGCUGGUUUUUUUCUAAUUAUUAUUGGAUUAUGUCUAAAGAAAGUGCCUUAUUUUUUUCCAUAGUCAUUUUCAAGAUCAACCUUGUUCCUUUAUUAAAUGCUUAAGGUUUAAUGUGGCCCAAGAAAUUUAGCAAAGCAACUUUUAGUUCCGUUACCUCCCUCAAGCUUUUUAAGAAACUGAAAAAUAGUUGGAGUAUACCAGUCUGUCAUCUAGUAGAGUAUGUUAAAAAGAAGUUUCAGAAGACAUUUUUGAUUUAGAAGUGCCAGGCCUUUGCCACUUUAUCUGAAAUUAUAAUCGUUAAUAAUUAAGUUGAAGGUUUAAAAACAUUUUCAAGGACAUAAAAUUAAACAUAACAAUCAAAAUUGAGCAAGGAUAAAAUGACAGAAUUCUGAGAUAUCUGUGGAUUUCCAUUUUGGUUGGACUUUGGUGGAAGUUAUUUCUUCCCAAAAUACCAUUAAAUUCAAAUUCACCUGUUCUACUAGUAGUGCCAAUUCAAUAUCUGGUAUUCAAUCGCAAUCAUUGUGAUUCCUGUGGCAAAGACCUGAUGAUUACUUCUACUUGCAUUUCAGAGCUGUCACUACUAAAGAUCAGCAGUUAGCCCAGAACUCAUGUAUCUGAAGCACCUUGUGACCUCAUUUACCAUUUUGUCUCAAAAACAAAUUAUAAAUUAAUUUACUAUGCAACAGACAUUCAUCUUGUUCUCGCAUUUGAAUUACCAUACCACCAGCUUUUGUCUUCCUGUUAAAUUUUUUUGUUGUUAUUUUGGGUAAGGAAUUCUCUUCCAUUAAAGGGAAGGGUUUGAUCAAACGUGCGACACUCAAAUUUAGAGAGAUUGUAUAAAUAUUACCAGUAUUUGAUCCAGAUUCAUCUCAGCUGUGAUAAACCUGGACAUUUUAAAUGUUCGUGAAAGGAUUUUUUUUCCUGGAAUGUUGGUAAAUCAGUCUAUUGAAUAGACAUGUGCAACUUAGAAAAUA